CAUUUUUCUCUCUCUUUCGGUUCCUAACUUUUUUAUUGCUUCAUCUCUCUUUCCAUUUCCGCCAUUAUAAUUUGUUAGUUGACUAUCUUAACUGUUAUUCAUGUUCAGAAUCAUCAAGAAUUAGUGCAAUGAGAAAAAAUGGCUCUGUACAGUAAGGACGUGGAUUCAGCAUUCGAGGGUGCAGGAGCUACGGCUGGUUUGGAAAUUUGGUGCAUUGAGAAACUGCGGUUGGUUCCUGUUCCUAAGUCCUCACAUGGCAAAUUCUAUACUGGAAGUGCUUAUAUCGUUCUUAAUACCGUCUUGCUAAAAAGUGGCCCUCCUCAGUAUGACAUACAUUAUUGGCUGGGAAAUGAUUCCAACAAGGCGGACUCAGCCUUGGCUUCAGAUAAAGCCCUUGAACUAGAUGCAGCUCUUGGCUCCUGUGCUGUGCAAUAUAGGGAAGUUCAAGGCCAAGAAACAGAGAAAUUCUUGUCAUACUUCAAACCUUGUAUUAUACCAGUUGAAGGAAUAUAUUCUUCAGAAACAGGGAAAUUGAAUGGUGAAACAUACAAAAUCAGCUUAUUGACAUGCAAGGGAGACCACGUUGUUCAUGUUAAAGAAGUGCCUUUUUCUCGAUCAUCCUUGAACCACAAUGAUGUAUUCAUACUUGACACUGCAUCAAAAAUUUUCCUCUUCAGUGGUUGCAAUUCCAGCAUACAAGAGAGAGCUAAAGCUUUGGAGGUUGUUAAAUAUAUUAAAGAGAACAAGCAUGGUGGAAACUGCGAGGUUGCAACUAUAGAGGAUGGAAAGUUUGUCGGUGAUUCUGAUGUUGGUGAAUUCUGGAGUUUAUUUGGUGGUUAUGCUCCCAUUCCCAAGGACUUGCCUUCAAAUGUUGAGCAAUCCCAAACACCAUCUACAACAUUAUUCUGGAUAAAUCUUCAGGGAAAAUUAUGUCAAAUUGGAGUAAAUUCAUUCAACAAAGAUAUGCUUGAAAAAGAUAAGUGCUAUAUGUUGGACUGUGGAACUGAAGUUUUUGUUUGGAUGGGAAGAAAUACCUCAAUUACAGAAAGGAGGACAUCAAUCUCAGCUUCAGAAGAUUUUCUCAGAAAUCAGGGCAGGUCAACUGGGACACAUUUAACCUUUUUAACUGAGGGAUUAGAAACUGCUGUUUUUAAGUCUUACUUUGAUAGUUGGCCUCAAACAGUGGAACCCAAGCUUUAUGAUGAAGGUCGAGAAAAAGUAGCAGCAAUAUUCAAGCAACAUGGUCAUGAUGUUAAGGAGCUUCCAGAAGAAGACUUCGAGCCUUAUAUAAAUUGCAGAGGCAUACUGAAGGUUUGGCUGGUAAAUGGUGAUGAAUUGUCCCUUCUUCCAUCUCAAGAACAGACAAAGCUUUUCAGUGGGGAUUGCUAUAUUAUGCAGUACACUUACCCCGGCAAUGGAAGGGAUGAAAAUCUGUUUUAUGCAUGGCUUGGUCGUGGGAGUGCAAUGGUAGGCAUGGCUUGUAGCCGGUUGCUGGAGUUGGAACCUGAAAAUCAUGGAGCUUUAGUGCUUCUAUCUAAUAUAUAUGCCAAAACAGGGAAAUGGGACAAUGUUUCUGAACUAAGAAAGCGUAUGAGAGUUUCUGGACUUAAGAAAGAACCGGGUUCUAGCUGUAUUGAGGUCAAUGGUAUAAUCAUAAGUUUCUAG